UAACGAAAACUUUCUUGUCUGUGUUGUGUAUGGCGGAUGAACAGUGUGAUGAAAAAUGAUAAUUUAAUUUAUUUAGGUAAUGCGGCGUUUGUUGUGUAAAUAGCAAUAGUGUAAUCAUCAACUAAAUAUGCCUCCAACAGUGCAAACUAAUGAACCUGAACGCGAUAAACGUCCCCAACGGACCGGGGAGAGAAGAUCUGAACUCGUAACACGCGUUAAAUACUGCAACACAUUACCAGACAUUCCAUUCGAUUUGAAAUUCAUUACAUAUCCUUUUCCUUCCACGCGUUUCAUACAAUACAAUCCUACAUCUUUGGAGAAGAAUUAUCGCUAUGAAGUCCUCACUGAACACGAUCUUGGUGUACACAUAGACUUGAUAAAUCGAGAUAUAUAUCAGGGAGAUGGAAAUGCGGUGUUGGAUCCCGCAGAUGAGAAGUUAUUGGAAGAUGACGUGUUGACGCCACAGGAUUCGAAAAGAUCUCGCCAUCAUGCUAAAAAUGUCUCGUGGCUGCGUCGCUCGGAGUACAUCUCUACAGAACAAACUAGGUUCCAGCCUCAGUCUAUGGAGAAGGUUGAAGCCAAAGUGGGUUACAAUGUCAAGAAGAUAUUUAGUGAAGAAACCCUGUACAUGGACCGCGAGAGUCAGAUUAAGGCUAUUGAGAAGACAUUUGAAGACAACAAGAAGCCGAUUGAGAAGCACUACAGCAAACCAGGAGUCACACCAGUGGAGGUCAUGCCAGUGUACCCAGACUUUGACAUGUGGAAGUACCCAUGCGCCCAGGUCAUAUUCGACUCAGAUCCUGCUCCAUCGGAUAAAAAUAUUGCUGGACAGAUUGAGGCUAUGUCUCAAGCUAUGAUUCGAGGUGUGAUGGACGAGAGUGGUGAACAGUUUGUGGCAUACUGCCUGCCUACCGAGGACACCAUACAGAAGCGGCGUCGCGACAUCGUAGAGAACAUACCGUACAUGGACGGAGACACGUACGAGUAUAAGAUGGCUAGAGAGUACAACUGGAACGUAAAGAGUAAGGCUUCUAAGGGUUACGAGGAGAACUAUUUUCUGGUGGUCCGCAACCACUGUGUGUACUACAACGAACUGGAGACGCGCGUGCGGCUGUCCAAGCGCCGCGCACGCGCAGGUGUCGCCGCGCAGGCGCUCACUAGACUCGUGGUGACCCACAGACCCCUCAGCGGACCCGAGCACCGCAUGCUGAGGCUGCGGGAGAAACAGCUGGAACCGCCACAGGAGGAAGACGAGGAAGAGGAAGAAGAUGACGACGAAGAAGAAGAAGAAGAUAAACAGGAGCAAAACAAUGAUAAGGAAAGGUCUCGUUCCCGUUCAAAGUCAGGCUCAAAGUCUCCAGCCGGGUCGGACAAGUCUAAAGGCUCGGACAGGUCUCGGUCCGGGUCUCGCGAGCGAUCGAGAUCUAAAUCCAGGUCCAAGUCCAGGAGUAGAUCGCGCUCCGGCUCCGGGUCUAGGAAGUCCAGGUCGAGGUCUGGGUCUGCGCGAUCUGGAUCGGCUAGGUCUCGUUCGGGCUCGGCGCGCUCCCGCUCCAAAUCCGCAUCUCGGUCCCGGUCCCGGUCCCGUUCCCGUUCCCGUUCCCGUUCCCGUUCCCGUUCCCGUUCCCAGUCCCGUUCCCGUUCCCGUUCCCGGUCCCGGUCCCGGUCUAAAUCCGGUUCCCGUGCCAGCUCCCGUGCCAGCUCCCGCGCCAGCUCCCGCAGCGGGAAGGGAUCUAGAGCUAGCAGUCGAGGGUCUAAAGCCAGUUCCAAGGGCAGUGAGAAGGGCUCCAAAGCGAGUUCCCCUGCCUCGUCGCGGGGCUCCUCCGACAGGUCCCGCAGCGGCUCCAGGCGGGGCUCCAGGAGUGGGUCGGCGUCCAGCGCGACUUCAAGACACAGUGGCUCCGACUAGAUUUUAUCGAAUUGUUAAGGAUAGUAAUAAACAUUAUUAUGACACAA